CAGGCUGCCUGUCUGCCCGGACCCAGCCACGCCAUCCAUUUAUCCUGACGGGGCUCCACGGAUGUCUGGGCUCGCGCUGCGGGGUUCAGGUUGUGUCGAAGCGGACAGUUCGCGCGCAGAGGCGUCGGUGGAGGACAGCAGCUCGCCCGUGCAGUUUGAGCGUUUGCAGGAGCGUCUGUCUGAGUCGGGAGGCUGCCCAGACAGCGGAGGCGAAGCAGCAGGAUUGCAUACAGCAGAGUGCACACAGGGGCGCUCCGGAUAAGAAGCCAAAUUCUGCACUGCAGUGGAUUUCCUCAGGUGUGUGUGUAUGUGUGUAUGUGUGUGAGUGUGUAGAAGUGUGUGUGUGGGUGUCUGAUCGACAGUGGGCUCUGUACACUUUCUCAUUAACAUCCGAAGAACCCGCAGAAGCUUUGGGGCAUCGUCUGGAGGUCACCCCGUCCUAGAAAACUGUGCCACCCUUCCAGUUUCCAGACCUCCGAUCCGCCUCCCGCCCCUCCACCUCCUUUCUCUUCCUGUCACAGGGACAGUGUGGUGGUUUGUCUGUCUUUCUGUGUGUCCAGUUGGUUCCCAAACGCCAGCAGGCCUCAAGACUGGAGAUCUGUGGCCGACGGGUGGAUUCAUACUGUGGAUUUUUAAAGACUGCGAGGAUAUUCAACCAAAUCUGCAGUGUUAACGCAAAGAGCAGCCGACUGUUCACUUGGGGGACUUUUAUUUUUGGAUUAAGAAGGUUGGACCUGCUCUUCAGGGUGGCUAAAAAGGUGUCGAAUUCCACCUCAGGGACCAGAUUUUUAUCAUUUCCAUUGUGUCAUCAAAGUCAGCACGACACAGCAAAUCUCAGGCGCCAUCCCAGGUUUCCCAGGUUUGGGUCGAGUUCCAGUUUCAACUCAGGGAUUUUUAAGUAACAGAGUUCCCGUUUGGUAUUUUUCAAGGCAUUGAUUUUACUUUUAAAGCAGCAAACCUCAGGCAGCGUCUGCAUUUUUGGCUUUAGAACCAACCUAUGAACUGCCGUCGCCAUGGCUUCUGACAGCUUCCAGUACCGGGCGCUCUUUGAGUACAAGCGGGAGCGUGGGGAUGACAUCAGCCUCCAGCCGGGGGACCUGCUCACCGUGCCCAAGGCCUCGCUGAUGGCGGUGCCGGGCCGGGACUACCAGGACGGGGACGAGCGGAGCCCCAAAGGCUGGCUGCACGGCACCAACGAGAGGACCAAGGAGAAGGGAGACUUUCCAGGGACAUUUGUGGAGUACGUCGGGGUGGUGAGGGUCGGCCCUCCUGCGGCUAAAUCCUGGCCCAGGCCUGUGCCACCGACCCCCGGGGGGCUACAGAGCGCUGUGGGGGCUCAGCCUCCUGGAGCAGCUGCUUCAGGUGUGGAGGCGGAGCUUCUGUCUGAAGCGGCUCCUGUGGUCGUUUGGAGACUCAUCGAAACCAUCGAGAAACAUGGUUUGAACAGUGAGUCUCUGUAUCGAGCUCCUCCAGCCUCCAGUGGACCCGCAGAGCUGCGCCAGGCUCUGGACUCAGAUCCAGUCUCAGUGGAUCUGGACCAGUAUGAUGUGGUGUCUCUGUCUGAUGCCCUCAGAGGUUUCCUGCUGGAUCUUCCCGCCCCCAUCAUCCCCGCUACAGUCUACAGCGAGCUGGUCUACACUGCUCAAGAGAGUCAGAGUGUGGAGGAGUGCGGGGAGAGGCUGAAGAGGAUCCUGGAGUCUCCCAGCAUCCCUCAGGCCAACCACCAGCUCCUGGUCCACCUCAGCAGACACCUGGCCCUGGUCAGCCAGCUCAGCCAGGCCAGCCCCCGGCUGCUGGCCCAGUCCUUUGCCGAGACCGUCUUCAAGAACUCUCCCCUCAGUGCGGACGUGAACCCGGAGCAUCACGUCAGGAUCUUGGAGGCUCUAAUCACAACAGGAGGUCUCAUGGAGAUGCAGGCGGCACCAGCUCUUCCUCCGAAGCCAGCGAAGCCCCAGCAGCCCUCCUCGGUCGGGGUGGGCGGGGGCAGCAGCAACGGCACCAAGGAUGGAGGAGCAGGAGGCUCACUGCAAGAGGCUGAGUGGUACUGGGGAGACAUAUCCAGGGAGGAGGUGAACGAUAAGCUCAGAGACAUGCCUGAUGGGACCUUCCUGGUUCGGGACGCUUCCACCAAGAUGCAGGGCGACUACACGCUCACACUGAGGAAAGGGGGCAACAACAAGCUGAUAAAGAUCUACCAUCGGGAUGGGAAGUACGGAUUCUCCGACCCCCUGACGUUCAGCUCGGUGGUGGAGCUCAUCAGCCACUACCGACACGAGUCUCUGGCUCAGUACAACACCAAGCUGGACGUCAAACUCAUGUACCCCAUCUCCCGCUUCCAGCAGGACCAGCUGGUAAAGGAGGAUAAUAUUGAUGCUGUGGGGAAGAAGCUGCAGGAAUACCACAAUCAGUACCAGGAGAAGAGCAAAGAGUACGACAGACUGUACGAAGAAUACACCAAGACGUCGCAGGAGAUCCAGAUGAAGCGGACGGCCAUCGAAGCCUUCAACGAGACCAUCAAGAUCUUCGAGGAGCAGUGCCACACGCAGGAGCGCUACAGCAAGGACUACAUCGAGCGCUUCCGCCGCGAGGGCAACGACAAGGAGAUCGAGCGGAUCAUGAUGAACUACGAGAAGCUCAAGUCUCGGCUCGGGGAGAUCCACGACAGCAAGGUGCGGCUGGAGCAGGACCUGAAGACGCAAGCCAUGGACAACCGCGAGACCGACAAGAAGAUGAACAGCUUGAAGCCCGACCUCAUACAGCUCCGCAAGAUCAGGGACCAGUAUCUAGUCUGGCUCAAUCACAAAGGAGUUCGUCAGAAACGAAUUAACGACUGGCUGGGAAUCAAGAACGAGAACACUGACGAAGGCUACUUUGUGAGCGAGGAGGACGAGAACUUGCCUCACUACGACGAGAAGAGCUGGUUCGUCGGGGACCUGAACAGGACGCAGGCCGAGGAGCUGCUCCUCGGGAAGCCGGACGGAGCGUUCCUCAUUCGAGAAAGCAGCAAAAAGGGCUGCUACGCCUGCUCUGUCGUCGUCGAAGGCGAGGUGAAGCACUGCGUCAUCUACAGCACGCCGCGCGGCUUCGGCUUCGCAGAGCCCUACAACCUGUACAGCAGCCUGAAGGACCUGGUGCUCCACUACCACCAGACCUCCCUGGUGCAGCACAACGACUCGCUCAACGUGCGCCUCGCAUACCCCGUCUACGCACAGAUGCCCUCCGGACGCAGAUGAACCCCCUACACCCACCCCCCCCACACACAUAGACAACAAACCAACCCCACCUCUCUGAGGGGAAGGCAGAGUGAAGGAUGGGAGGAUGAGGGGAGGGGAUUGGUUGAAAUACAAAGCAACCCCCAACACCAGACCCGAUACAGAUAGAAACACUUGCUGCAACACACACGUCAGCCACCUUGGAGUUAUAUAUUUUUACAAGAACAAUUUCGGAGGGCAUUCUUUCUAAAGACUGCUUGAUUUGCACAAGGAAGUUUUAAAUGUUUGUGAAUGUGAAAAAAAAAAACAUGACUGAAGGAAAGGAAGGAAGGAAACGGAGUAGGAGACUUCAGAGUUUCAGGUUGACCCCGCUGCUACCUAAACUCCAGCUCAGACUUUUUACCAGAAACUCAAAAAAAAAAAACCCAACACGAAUGACGACGAAGACGACAACUAAACAUUCCCAUUUUAGAUCCUUUCUUUUGUUUCCCGUUAUUAUAUUUUCCACCUCAGAUGAUUCUAUUAUUGUUUCUGGAGUCGUUUUCAUGUUUCCUUCUGUUUUUACUUUGUUUGUGGUAAAUGCAAGAGGAGAUGAUGUCAAGUGUCUGUUCUCUGUCCCUCUCCGUACGAAAAGCAAAAAUAAUGUAGCAUAACGAGACAACGGACGCUUGUUGUUUUUAUGAAGCGUUCCUCCAUGUAGACUGCUGCUGAAGGGUUAAAGGGGGUGGGAGAGGGCGGGAGUCGAGGGGAAGGGAGGGGGGCACAAACCAGUUUUGUAGUCUUGAGAGAAGGACUAAAGGCUUGCUUUUAUACUAACUGUAGAUGGGUUUUUUGUUAUUUUUGCUUUGCUGGAACAUAGUUGUUUUGCUAAAUGGCAAUGUCACAGAUCAGAACCAGAGACCAAAGUUGGAGAGGGAGGGGAAAGAGUCAGCUAGUGUGUUAGUUGGUUUUUCUUUCUUUCUUUUUGUGAACGGAGUGAAGGAAAAGCAAAAGCGAAUGGUGUGUUUGAGACCACACAUAAAACCGAGUUUUGGGGCCACGUGCUUGUGCACCAAAUAGCCUUUUUUUUUUUCUUUCUUUCUUUGGAAAACCAAAUGGUACGUAGACAGAACCACCAGGACCGUCUGUGAAUACAGACGGCCGAGUAAGAAGCACUUAAACAAAGUCCCAUCUGUGACCUCAGCGGCUCUAUGUUGCUCCAGCCAAACUAAAGCAGUCAGUCGAGUCUUGUUAAGCUGCGUUUCCACCCAAAGCACCCAGAACAUUUAGCUCCAGGAACUACAAGGUUUCUUCUGCCCAAAGUAGGCAAAUUACUUCGCUAACAUACAGAAAGUGAUUUCUCAUGCAGUUUUUGCACAACUCUACACGCUUUCUUCUGUAACUCAAUGCUGAAGCAAAAUGAACCCAAAUGAAAAUGGUUUGCAGCUGAAAUAAAAUGCAGUGAAAACUCAACCAAUUGGAAAUGUUUGGCACUGCAAGCCCCAACCCCAAAGCCCAUUUUAAGGGUUAAAUAAUGUCGCUGGAACUUAAUUUCUUUUUGUGGAAACGCUGCUUUAGUUGCAGCCCGAGCCAAAACAUCACCCUGUUUUCUGGCAUCUGCAGAGGUCGCUUUCUAAUGCCGCAGACUCGGCUGAAAUAUUGGAUUUAAAAACUAUAAAAUAUGGAGCGUUAAGUGACCCAAAUCACAGAACAACGUACAGAGCGCUGAGGUCACAAAUGUUAAACUUAAACCAGACAAGAAAAGGUUUUUACAGAUGGUCAGUUUCACCAAAAUCAUCCUUUUGAAAGGAAAGCAUGAAGGAAAAAUACAAACCAGUCUGACCAUUGAACCUGAAACCCAUUUUAUGUGUGGUUUAUAAAAAGCGAGCGAGCGAUACGUUGAAUAUAUGGCUGUGGGUUGAAAAACUGGGACUGUUCUUGUGUUUUUGUUUUGUUUUCAGAAAUAAUAAGCUUUUGAUUAAAAUGUUUUAAUGUGUAACACGGAGAGCAGGUAGACGGAGGCCACGUCCCCGAGCUGAAGACACAGGCUUUAGAAGAAAAUACUGAAAACUUGAAAGAACGUGCAAUCUAGCGUUGUGUAGUUCAGCAGUCACGCAGAGGGAGAGAGAGAGAGAGAGAGAGAGAGAGAGUUUGAGAUGCACUAAGGUCCAAGAGAUAAUCAAAGUGCACAGUGAAGCUUUUGGAGUGAAACUUUUUGAUUGUCAGAUUCCUUCAGUUUCCUCUUUAUUAAUUAUUUUUGUUUGAAUUCAACACUUCUUGCCGGUGCUUGACUUUAUAACCAGUGACACCAUCACACAAUAAAAAAUAUCUUGACAAACUGAAAGAGAAAAACAAAACCAAGUCGCUUCUAUUCUUCCUUACCGAUUACCGAUUGGCUGAAGAUGCCGCUCAACCAUUGGCUGCUCGCUCGGGGAGAUUCCCGAACUGAGACACGCCCGGAUUUUUUUUUUUUUUUUUUUACAGGAUAACGUUUGAGAGGGCGUCUACCCAAAAAACCCUAAAACGAUGCUGGUUACAAAGUCAGACAAAGCACCUCUCCUCACUCUGUCGUCUGUGGUGUUUUUCGCAAUUUGACAAGGCGCCAUCAGAGUGUACGGUCCACACACACACACACACGCACACACAGAGGUACGUUUGAAGGUGUAUCAGGUUGUAGGAAGAGGGCCAUUGUUUGAGGAGUCAUUGCGAGUGAAUGAUACAACAUUGGUUGUACCCACCAUGUGUUUAUCUAUGCCCCCGUCUCAAUGUCCUCCUCAACACCCCGACAGUGUAUCAGCCCCCCCGGCUUUCGAGAUUGUCCGCUCACAAGGUUUCGUGGAGUUGAAAGCCAUUGAAAGUACCCGGUCUCCUGUAUUUUACCAGAGACUGAAUCAGUUCGUCCCAGAGCGAAAUCCAGUUUGGCCUGUUUAACGUCAGAAAGAUGUGAAACUAUUUCAGUAAAUUUCUGACAAUUCUACAAACAAAAAUGCAAAAAUCUUAUUUAUCUAAUUUUUAUGCAUUUAAAGAAGCAAAAUUGGCAACAGGAGCAUCUCUGAAAUAAAAUCUGUUGGAGCAUCAUUAAAAACGAGGUUUAAAUAUCGUUAAUGGUAAUAAAGUUCCAGGGAUAUCUGCAUAAAAGAAGUACUUACUGUGACUUCCUUCAAGGUUUUUAUUGUACGAUGGCAUCCAGACGGAGUCCCUCAAAACAAAAAGUUAAAUGCAAAUUAGUGCAUUAAAGAGUAAAUUGUUAAUGCAGCCUGCAGCCAGUUGUGUAUCUGAGAGAGCUGCAACCCAAAGGUCACUAAUUGCUUUUGAGGACAGGCCAAAUUGGAUUUAGCUUGAAGCCGACUGCCAGCCCCCCAGUUGUCCCUCUUUUAAAUCCCAGUUCAGCUAAAAACAGUAAAGAAAGAAACGGGAUAGACUGUGUCCGCACAGCUGGUCGGAACAGUGGCGAGAUGUUUGCUGUGUCUCAUUUCAGGGGCUCGCUUUCGAAUUCAGACGAGAAAUUUGACCUUUUUCUUUUGGUCUUUUGUGGAAGAAAACUCAAUUUGCUUCUAAGUUUGAGCUCAGUAUGACAUGUAGAAAUGUCAGAAACACAAAAGCUCAUCCAGGAUUCAGGAGAUCCUUUGUUUGCUUUCCUCUGCAGGAUGUUUCUGCAGUUUCUCUUGCCUUUUCGACGGGUCGCACAAACUGCGGCUACAAGUAUUAACUUGAUCUUUCAGGGUGAAUUUAGUAAGAUUUUUCACAUAUAUAUUCUGCUUCUGAAUUGGGACACAGCCCUUUUUUUGUAUCUGUCGGCAUCCACCUGUGACGACGGUCUUUGACCUCUCUCGGACUAACGGGGGACACCAAGGCGGGGUUUAAAGAUAUAAUCUUGAAUGUACAAAAAAAAAAAGGAUCGGUCCGGAUCCGAAGCUGGGUUAUUUUAUUUGUUUCUCCUUUCUUUCUUUAAAAAGCACCGCAGUCGCGUUCAGAAACGAUCCUAACUCUCCAGGUGCUACCGGAAACGCAGGCCCGUUCAAUUCGCCAGACUUUUCAACGUCUCCUUCAUGACGGUCAUUAAACCCUCAGGUGUUUCAAGUUUACCGUAGAAACUACCACACAACAAAGCCAGCGAUUUGAAGAAAAAAUAAAGAAAUAAAUCAGGGUUUUUUCUGCAUCGAUACUUAAAAUCACUCUCAGUCGAUUAAGCUAGAUACCACCCCCCCCACCCCCCCACCCCCACAUGACUUUUCAACUUUUGUAGUGUCCUCACUUCAAGAGUUUUGUCCCUCAUGGCUUCGCGUAGCUUAGACGCAGCAUCAUUCGCCUUCCCCUCCAUCGCCACACAGUCCGAAGGAUUUUAUUUCAUUUUAUCAGCUGACUUAUUGUUUUUUGGGUUUUUUUCGAAAUAGGGGGAACUCAAAAAAAACUCUAUUACUUGAACUAUAUUGCAUUGCUCACUGUUGAAUGUCUUUAUAUGAAAAUUAUACAUUUAUUAAAGAAAAAAACAAACAAAAAACGAAGAGUUCCCUUUUGUUUUACAGCGAGCAGGGCCGGGGGUUUUUAAGAGUUUUAUGACAGAUGUACAGUAUUCGUUACAGGCAAAAACGUAGAGCUACUUUUAGGAGGGAAGGAGGCGCUUUUUUGAAACUUUUUCUCAGAGAUAUGUUCGGAUCUUUUCCUUCACAGAGGGCUUUGUCUGAAAAAUUGCACACAUUUAUCAUCUACAAGAGACUCGUGUUAAUAUUUACCUGUGAUGUCUGCGUCAUGACUCACACUUACACAGAGAUGUAUCUAUCGUAUAUAUAAAGCUGAAAGAUAUUACAGUUUGAAGGGUUGUUUUGAGUCAACUGUUUUUGUUCCCCCUCCCACCUCCACCUCCCAAACCACUGCCCCCAAAACAUUUAGACCAAAGAUUUCAGUUCUUGUUGAUCCUUCAGUUGUCGAUCAUUGGAAAGGUUUCAGUGAUGUUUUGAUCUCCAUUGCCUUCGUGUGAAUGAGCGUCCCGUACAGCGAACAGUUGGUCGAUCUGUGUUCACGCAGGUACUUAUGCGGCACGUCAGGAAGAAUCCGUCUUUUAAAGUCCUCGUUCGAUGAUGAUGAUGAUGUCCCCCCCUCCUUCCCCCCCCGUGGUAAAAUCAAUCAGAUUUAACUCGAUCUGCACUCUUCAGUUUAUGUGCUGUUUGAUAUAAACUGACUUCUGUUGAGGAUUUGAAAGAAAACUACCAAAAGUCACAGCUUUUUUCUCACCCGCGCUACUCCAUAUAUAUAUAUAUAUAUAUAUAUAUAUAUAUAUAUAUAUAUAUAUAUAGUUGCACAUGAUGACCAUAGCUGGAGUUUGAAAGUUUGAAGGUUUUCUAUUUCUUGGUUGAAAAUGUUCUGCAGAAAUCUGUGGAACGUGGAUUUUCACAUUUUAAAUAUAAUAUCUCCUUUUUCAGGACUUCUGGGCUUCAUUUAAUGUCCCAAAAACACAAAAUCUACAAGUUAUUACCUUGUAAUUGUGCAAGAUUUGUAGUUUAAUGUAACUUGAUUUGAUUUAGCAUUUUAAAAUCUCAUCCUGUCCGAAUUCUGCAGCAGGUACGGAAGGCCAACUGGGCCUUUUUUUAACACGUUUCAUGAUUGUUUUACACUUGACAGAUUUCUGCAGGGUGAUUUCCCUUCAUGUCUCACUCCACCACAACAUGCAAUAUUCCCUUUUCUGUCAGCGAGGGGGUUCGUGAUGGAGGGGCACAUGUUUUCCCUCAGGUGCGUCGACCCCCAUAACACAGUCCAGGUGUUUUCUUGAAUGGGCAGGGUUUUUCGCUCGUAGUAGUACCAGGUGGAAAGAAGAAGCAGUAGUUUAAAGGAAGGGUUAUUGGGACAAACCAAAAUAUCUGUUUUGUCAAGUUUACUUUUACAGACUGUUUAGUAGAGUUUUCACUUUGGAAAACUCUAACUCUAAAUAACUCCAGGAAACAGGCGAAGGUUCACCUCUUAGAAAACAAAAAAAGGUACAUUUUGAGUCUAACAAAAAGGUGCAGUCGCUGUAACAAAAAGGUACAAUAAGCCUGCUGUUACCUUAUCUUUCUGAGUGUUUAUACUCACAACCACCCCAGGACUGUUAAAAUAGCAACUGUCUGUUGUUCCUCUACUACUAUUACUACUAUUAUUACUACAAAUACUACUACUCACCCUCAAGCAGUUCUGCAAAGUUUUAUUUGCAGCCAGGUUUGAAUAUGUUUGUGAUUCUCACCGAGGAGUCGUGUUGUGUUCUUACCACUGCUUAUCUGAUCACAGUACCCAGCACAGCUUUGAGGAGUAACAGCUUCUUAUAUAUAUAUAUGAAAAUAAAGAACUUUUAAAAAAACGAACUUAAAAAAAAAGAUUUUAAAAAAAAAGUGUAUAUGACACCCCGCCCUUCCCGCCCCUCUCCCCGCCUUUUACCCUCUUUUACCCCCUUUUUGACAUACGUACAGAUCCAGCAUGCAUAUUUGGUACUCUUGACUGUUGUUUUUUGUGUAUAAAAGAAAAAUGGUAAAAAAGAUGUCUUUGGAAAACAACUGUUAUUUGUCUGUUUAUGGUGUAUUCAGAUCUGAAUUUAAUAUAGCAAGUUUAACAUCACUGCUUACAGCUGAAACAAGUUCCAGUCCUUUUUGUGUCAGUUGUUUAAUGCUUUAACAACGAAAUGCUGAGAAAGACGACCAUUACUGUAGAUAUUAUGGUCUGUAAACUGAAGCUAAUGUUGUCUUAGUGCAACGGUGCGAUUAAACAUUUCAACAAAACUAUAUUUUUGACUCUUCAGUCUGAUCACCACCUCAGAGGUCAGAUGGUAAGACAGUUUGCUGUUGGUUAACGGCACAAAUUUGGUGACACAAUUGACCCAUCUGAAGCCCCGCCCCUUUUUGGACUACUCCAAAACAGCUGAGCAAGCCUCAGUGAACUCAUUUGUUUCCUGUACUUAGAAAUCCUACAUGAUAGGCUAAUCUAUGUUGAAAAGGCAACCAAAUUUUGAACUAUAUAUAGCUAAUGUUAACAAAACACUACCUAGCUAAUCUACAUCAAUCGUUAGCUGCCAAGUUACAUCUGAUUGCUCAAGUUAUGAACACAAGCUAAUUAGCUAUCUAGGAUUAAUGUAGAUUAGAUAGCUAAAGCUGACUGAAAUGACGGGACUUUUGAAUCUGAUCCGACUACCCUCUGAUUGAUCAACUGUUCUAAGUGUUUGACCGCCGAGUAACAAACGAAGGCUGCUGGACUGUAACUGGUCUCUUUCUCAGUGUUGCCCUCUGCCAUACCUGCUACCGGCUUCUCUUGGUAUUCUCUCUUUGAAAUGGUUUUGGCCCAUCACGAUUCACUUUACUUUCUUGUAUCGGUUGCAAUAGUUUGUUGGUUGUAGAUUCUCCGUUUGUUUAUGAGCUGAACUCAUGUACGUUUAUCAGUGGAGCUCCACCAUAUUCAGUUCUCUUGCAGAAUAAAAGAAAAUAUUUUGUUCAAAUACAAA